GUGGCCGGGAACUCACCUCGUCAGUGAGCAGAACUCUCCUUUAGGGCAUGCCCAAACUCCACGAUGUCCAGCUGCCCUGACAGAAACCCUACUGGAGUAUGUGCUGUCAUAAGGCGCACGAGGUGAGCAAACAAUCUCGCCGGCUUUACGAAUGUUACACACUCAAAAGGCAAUCAUAUCUGUUCAUAUAUUUGUUCGUCAAUGACCAUUAUCUCCUACGGAAUCACUUCGCAUCUAUCGGCCAUUUCAUCGGCUGCUACGCGAUCUUCUCCCGCAGAGGAAAAGCUACGAGAAACCGGAAGACUCAUGCUUAUGCACUUCGCUUCAUUUGCAAAUAUUGAAUCUAUUACUGCCCCUUUGUAUGUACAUUAGCAGGUCAUAUACACUCCAACCAUGCAAAUAUUUACCACAGCGUGCAGUAACCCAUC